UUGGAAAUAAAAUUAAUCUUUCAGAAUUGUCUGCUGGAGCAACCAUCUACGGAAACACCAAAUAGUGAAAUAAACCCAUUCGGUGGGUCAUGUCCAGAUUUAUCGGGUUCCCAGUUGAUGCUGUGGGACGAUUACUUGUUUGAACCAAUCACAAAUGAACAUAACAUUAUCAAUGAUAAUAGAAUGAAAGAAGUAGGAAAUACUACAAUGCAACGAUCCGAAUAUGAAGUAGCAUCACGUCCAGUCCUUGCUGCUAUGGAUUCAGCUCUACACGCAGAUGGAAUAUGUUCUAAACAAAUUAGGCAAUUAGACCGUUUGUUACAAGGAAGUGAAAGUAACACUGAAGAUUCGCUUUCUGAAGAUGGUCUUGUGGAGCGUUUGCGUGAUGGGUUUGAGAAUCGGUUUCUUGAUUCUCCAGCUUCAACAACUCGAAGCUUGAAAGCCGAAUUUGAUGAACUUUCCUUCCGACCGACAAUUUCACAAUAUGGUUAUCCCCAAGCAAAUUUUUGUGGUGUUCAGAUAGCAACAUUUAAUCCACAUUACAAUACUACAAGUUCAUCAAUCCUGAAACCGAAAAAAGUUAAUCAGAAUGAAGAGGAUUGCUAUGAAGGGGUUCAUAUCCGCUUAAACAGUCUGGAUAAUGAUGAUGAUAAACAUACUUCGUCAGACUCUGAAUUGCCAACGUUAUCUCGUUUCCAACAAUUACAUUGGGCAAUACAACAAAAUACAAAGUACUACACUAGGCUAGCAACACCACAAAAUACAUGUUGCAAUAUUAUGUAA